UAUAGAAAAAACAAGUAAUCAGAUUUGUGAAAUUUUGGUUGACAUGUAUUUAUAUCCAGAUGAAGAUUUUAUUGAUUUUAUGGAGCAAGAUAUUAAAAAUAUUGGCGAUAAAAAAAUAGAUUCAUAUAAUGAAAAAGAUGAUUUGAUAAUUAGCAGAGUUUUGAAUUUGAAUGCAAAAGUAUUUAUUAAUAAUUUAGAUAAAAUUAUUGAAGAUAAUAGUUUAGAAGAAAAUUCAGUAAAAAAAUAA